UAUUACUAAAGUAGUUAUGGUUAUGAAUAAAAGUCAAAUGUUACUAAUACCAAAAAUUUAUUACAUUUAUAAAUUAUCAAUUUACAAAUUUAAAUUUAAAGUUAAAUUACGUUAUACAAAAUAUUGUUGAAAACAUUCAGUAAUGCCAAAGAAGAUGGGUAAACUUGAAUGGGUCGCAUCCAGCAUCAGGACCAAGCUUCCAGCCCAUGUACAGUACAAGUGGUAUAUAGCCAACGUGGAAAGUCUUUUUCAAUAUUGUAAGAAUGAUUUCCAGUCUUUCUUUAGCAUCAGGAGUUAAAUCCAUUCUGAAUUAAUUGAACCACAAUAAAAUGUAAAACUAUUUCUGACAAUAAAAAUGAUUUUUUAAUGUUUUGUUAUAAAUGGUUGUCAAGCAACUUAUUUAUUUAUUUUCUCUUUAUUGUUUAUACAUAAAUUUAAUAAUAAUGUGACAAAAUUUUUUACAAUUUCAAGCCAAAUGGAUAUACACUUUUCCUACCAAAGAAGCUCGGAUAUUUUGAAGGGACUGCAUCCAACAUCUGGUCCAAGUCGCCAGUCCAUGAAGACUAUAAAAGGGGUGAAACCAAUAUGGAAUGUCCUCUUCAUUAUGUACAAACACUUUUUCAAUUUUAAUUUAAUAUCAAUAUUUAAACCCAUGGCGAAUACUGAGAAGUAUUGAGGCUAAAGUGGUCAAAAGUCAAUUACUCUGUUUAAUUUUGACAGACAAAAUUAUAUUUACGGAGGUGAAUGGUGGCUAAUCUGAUGAAGCAAUUGUUGAUUUUUUUUAAACCUACAAUGAUGACUACAUAUCAAUUCGAGUUGGGGCGGCUAUGAUGAACGACGACACGUUCCAAUCAAUUCUGAUGGGAGGAAGGGCCCCAGCCGCCAUUCCCAUUGUAGAUAAUUCCGCCUCGGUGUCUUCCAGAGUCGUGUUGGAGAACCAACUUCCUCCCUAUCCCGAUUAUCUGCCACCAGUCGAUGGGAAGUGGCAAACUGUACAAGGAACAAGAUACAAAUUUUUCGUGUUCUCUGCGUUUUUCGAUAACAGAAAAGGCCAACGGUCGGUGAGGGUGAUCGGUGCUACGAAAACGAGAGGACCAGAACGUGUCUGGUGCAGAAUGUGGUACAAGUACACUGAAAAUAAUACCGUCACUUACGUUCCAAGAAGCAUUCCAGCUAAAGUCAAGGUCAUCCGUGAGAAUUGGAACCUGCUAUACAGCGCCUGUUUCGUCAUGUGUCCACUGACUGCGAACCAAACAGUACCCGCCAGCGUCUCGAUCGUCUACAAGAUAAAGGACGCGCCGACGAACCUUUUAACGGUGGUGAACAACUACAACGACACCAGGGAAAGGACGAACAUGAACUUUGCCGUUUGCGUCAAACCGUUCCAUUUCGAUUACAACCGGGAGAUGCAGUUGCUGGAGUUCAUCGAGCUGAACAGGCUGAUGGGCGUGGACCACUUCACGUUCUACAACCACACGGUGGGGCCGCAGGUCGGUUGUAUCCUGCAGGACUACAUCAACAGGGGCAUCGUCACGAUGUUGCCCUGGCAGCUGGACAUGAUCACCCAGAAGGAGAUCAGAACUGAAGGUCUCUUUGCAGCAUUGAACGACUGUUUGUACAGGAGCAUGUACAAGUACUCCCACGUACUGUUGAUCGACUUGGACGAGUACAUCAUACCGAAUUACAAUGACACUUUGCCCCAAUUAAUCGAUUACUUGAACAAACGACUCAACACCCGGACCACAGGCUCAUACUCCUUCCAAAACGCGUUCUUCUAUCUGCAGUGGCAGGACGACGAAUCCAUCUACGAUUUCAAGGACUCGGUGGCCUCCAGCUUGGUCACCCUGAAGAAGACUCGAAGAAAAACAAAACUUCAUCCCCACAAGCAACGGUCGAAGUACAUUUGCAGGCCGGAACUGGUGGUGGAGGCAGGCAAUCACUUUAUCUGGGAAUUCGUUCCGGGACACGGAACGUUGAACGUGCCGUCGGACGCGGCGAUCCUUCACCAUUACAGAAUUUGCGAGUUCGGUGGUAACGAUUGUAUCAAGACGGCGUCUACAGUGGACAAGACUGCUUAUAGGUAUAAGGACCAGUUAGUGCCUGUUGUGACUGCGCGCUACAAGGAACUGUGGGGCAAGUGCAACCUGACUCCUUUGCAGGAUCCGCCCACCAAGCCCGUCGGGAUCUUCAUGAAAAUGCUCAAGGGGUCUUAGACGUAAGGGUGCUGAGGAAAUUAAUUCUGUAUAUUUGGAAUUUAUUUGCUCUAUCUGCUUUGGUUUGUUUGUUCCUAUGGCGUUUUUUUGUAAGCGAAUCACUGGUUAUUAUUUCUUACUUGGAUUUAUUGCUAGGGUAUAGAAAAAUAAUUUCAAUUAAAUUAAUUAAAUAAAACUUGUAAUUCUUUAAGUUCAAAAAAGUUAAAAAGACGGAACUUAGACACUAAAUGUAAAAAUAAAGCGAAAAGUUUUAUUUGGAAUUGCAUUUUAAUGAUGAAAAAUAUGGUAAACAGGAAACAAAUACGAAAAUAUUUCUGGAUAAUGUAACCAAUAAAAUGAGUAAUAUUUACUCCACGGAUAAUAAAAAAUUGACAUCAUGUUUAUUAAACAUAAUGUUUGAACGAGAUAAUAAAGUGAUUUGAUUACAAAGUAUUCAUUUUGAUAAAAAAAUUUUAUUACAACGUGUAUUUAAAUAUAGGAUAUUUAUUUAAAAUUUAUGAAUUUCAUCAUAGUCUGCACGAUUUUAAUUUCUAUUCAUGUAUAAACUUUUCAAUUUAUAUUCAGAUAUUUAAAUAACAAAAUAUUGGAAAUGUAGAACUCAUCAACUCAUCAAUUUAUUUUCAAUUUCUCGUUAAAUUAUUUUAAUUUGUAAAUAUUUUUAAGUGUUAAACAUCUAGUCAAGUUUGCAAGACAGUUGAUUCAGUUAAAUUUCUACCUCCUUAGGUUAAUCUAGUAGUUAAAUAAUUGUAAACCAAUUGAACUAUAUAUAAUUAAAAUUUUCACCACUAUUUGUAAUGUGAUAUAAUUUAAUGAUUUUAAUUAUAAUUAUACUAAUUACAUUUUAUAUGUUUGUAAAGGAAAAUGUUGUACAUUGUCCAUUUCUUCUUAUAUUAUUGUAUAUUAAUAAGGAAUUAAUACUUGUAAAUACGAUGACUUAAGUAAUAAUUUUAAAAAGCAAUCAAUUUAUAUUUUUAUAUUGUCAUAAGUUCUCAACAACAUGUAAAUAUUGUUAUGUCAAUAUUAUUUGUAGUUUUAUGUUUUGUUCAAUAUUGAGGUCGCGUGUAUUUUUUUUUUUUUUUUUUAAUUUUUUUUAAUAUUUUACACUUCGACUUAGGUACCAUAAAAUGUAACUUAUAUGACCGGGCAGAAAAUAUUUUAAAGUUAUUCAAGUUAAAGUCAAACUUGAGCAAUAAUCUACAAAGAAAUUGGUAUAAUUUGUAAUAAUUUAAUUCUCUUGUACAUAAAUAUAUAUAUUUUUAAGUAUACAGCACCAAAACCUGCUUUGCUCUAAUAACGAAAUAACUCUAUAAAUGUUUGUACAUAGAUUAGUUUGAUUGAUUUACAUGACCAAAAUUCAUAUUUUAUAACUCACAGUUUUUUGUGAUACUUUUAUCAAUUCAUAAUCAAAUACUUGUAUAAGAACAAUAAGUAGGAGAUGUAUUUUAUUAAAAAAAUGUAAAUAUAUUGUUAUAUGAAGUAAAUAUA